AUGGAUUCUGUAGCUCAGGAACUAAAAUCAGCUCUUCACCAGUACCCAAACUUCCCCAGCAAGGGUAUUCUUUUCGAAGAUUUCCUGCCCAUUUUCCGUUCCCCACAGCUGUUCGGGAAGUUGGUGAAGGCAUUUAAAGAGCACUUUGAAACCAAGUUCAAAGACACCAAAAUCGAUUACAUCGUUGCUCUUGAGGCGCGUGGUUUCUUGUUUGCGCCUGCGGUGGCUUUGGAGAUCGGCGCUGGGUUCGUGCCCGUGAGAAAGCAAGGCAAGCUGCCUGGCGAGUGUUUACACGCCACAUACACCAAGGAGUAUGGUGAGGACGUGUUCGACAUUCAGACCGAGUCGAUUCCUGAGGGAUCGAACGUUGUGAUCAUGGACGACAUCAUCGCCACUGGAGGAUCUGCCAUGGCCGCCGGUGAAUUGGUCGAAAAGCUAGGUGCUAACAUUCUGGAGUUCGCUUUUUUCAUGGAACUCGACUUUUUGAAGGGCCGUGAAAAGCUGCAAGCGCCUGUGUUCACGCUACUGACCGGCCAAGAGCACGCGCUGCAGUGA